AUGAUAGCCCAGGGGUUUCGGGCUAAAUACGGCCAGCAGAUCGCGUGGGACAGACGAUGGAUGUACUCCCGCCAACGGACGGUCGACCUCAAGAGCCCUUCUGUGCCAGAGGGCCCGGUACCGCGACGGAUACCGCGUUUUCGGAAGAAGAGAGCCGUACAGCGCGGUGUUCGUGGGGUCAUACGCGUCUAUGUGAAUCCUACUUCCCCGGUGAUCCCGAUAGUAGUCAAUCCCACGCCGCCGCCGCAGGAGACGGAUACUGAGACGUUGUACACGCCGAACUCGAUGACGUUUGCCAAGUUGCAAGAUCAAAUCGACAGGACCCUGGCAAAAACGGAGGCGGUCUAUUCUUUGCCCGCUGCUUUCUUGCAAAAGGAAAUCGACAAUGCCCUGGCUCGAGCUACCGGUGCAUCGACUCCAGCAGAUAAACCGACUCCGGAAGACAAAUCGACUCCGGAAGAUAAGACAUCGACUCCGGCACCUACAUCAAUGCCCGAUGCCGAUUUGCAAGCUCAAAUCGACACGACCGUGGCACAGGCGACAUCUAAAUCGAAGUACACUUUUGAGUUGGAAGCCGAAAUCGACAACGGCGUGGCACGAGCGACCACACCUCCGCCAGCCGCACAAGACCCAGCCUUCAAAACGCUCCCGCCUUCGAAUCGCAAGCCCGGAGUCAACGCCCAAGGCAAGACCGCCGCCCAAGUCCUCGAGGCCAUGAACGACAAGAUCGCAGAGGAACAGAAGAACAAUGGCAAGGUCACCAUCCCGCUCGCGCCCAAGCCGGCCAUUGACACCACGCUCUCGGGAGCCGAGCAGAUGGCGCAGGCGAAGGCUCUCCAUCAGAAAAUGAUCAGGAACAACGAGGCCGAUAAAGCCGCCGCUGCCGCACGGGCCGCGGCCGGUGUUCCAACGAAGCCGGCGGGGACUCCUGCGAAUGCUGGAACGGGUAUGACUACCGUGAAGUCGAACGUCAAGGGGAUCCUUGAGGCGGCUGGGGUCUCUCUUAACCCGAACACCGCAGCACCAGAUGCCAACGGUGCGAAUUCCGGUGUCAACACAACCGGUCCUGAUCCUGCUGCUGCUGCUGCUGCCGCUACCGGCUCGACGCCGACGGGUGUCCCGAACACGACGCCUGCUUCCUCGGUUCCGGCAACCAAGCCUAACCCAUUUGCUAAGCCGCCUCUGCUGCCUGGCUCGAAGACCACGGGUGCCGCAAGCACGACGCCUUCCUCCGGUCCCAAAACUCUUGGCCCAUUUGCUAAGCCGCCCGUGCCGCCUAGCCCGCAGCCGCAGCCAGGAUCCGCACCGUCGACCACGACGCCUACUACCAACCCUGCGCCUGACUUGUUCGGUACGAAGCCUCCCCCGACAACCACAUCGAUCUUUCCUGGCACUACGCCUGCCUCGAACCCUUCGUCAGGUAGCUUGUCCGGCACGCAGCCUGCCCCGACAGUUACAUCGAUCCUGUCUGGCACCACGGCCGAUCCCAAUACCGCUACGUCCAACCCCGAAUUGCCGGCCUCGACGAAAACGCCUAGCUGGUGGGACACCAACUUCAAACCCUCUGGAACCGGCUGGGCGGGGUGGUCUUCGAAAGAUGCAGCAAAGCCUCCAACCGCCCUCCCGGAUGGAGGCAUAUCCGUCAGCAGUACGACUACUCCCACCACCACCACCGCCGACUCAUCCAACACCACGGCCGAUCCCCAGACUCCUACGUCCAACCCCGAUACCGCGGCCACCAACCCCAAACCCGCUGCAAGCGGCUGGGCGGGGUGGUCUGCGCUAAAUGCAACAAAGCUUCCACCUCCCAGCGGAGAUGCAGGCAUGUUCGUCAGCAGUACGACUACUACUCCCACCACCACCACCACCACUGCCGCUGCCGCCCCCUCUACGAAAGCCAAGAACCCCUUCGAUAUCAGCACCUCCCUAGACAGUUCCGAAAGCAGCUCGCCAGACACCUCGCGAAGCACCUCGCCAGGGUCGACCGGGGGAACCAAGAGGCCCGCCCCGGACCAGUCCAUCGACUCGGAACUCGCCAACAACGGCAAGGGCAAGCCCACCUCGACGAAGCGCGUCAAAACGGUGCAGUGGGGCGCCGAGGUCGUCUCGCCUAGGCCGUCGGCGCACCCGCUGAACUCGCCCGCGCUGUAUCAUCCAAGUGGCAAGCCCAAGAAGCUGCGCCCUAAGAAGAACCCGAACCCGGACCAGGACCAGGACCAGGACCCGGCGCCGAAGAAGGAUGAUGAUGAUAAUGGUGGGAGUCGCGGUCUUUUUGGGCUUUGGUGA